GUUAAAGAAACGGACUCCAAGGCUUCAGCAGCCCAGCAUCGGAGGAAGAAAAAGGGCCGCAGCAGCCAUUGCAAAACCACAAAACAAAACCCCUCCGUUCUCUCGAGUACCUUCUCCUCCUCCACUAAACGCUAUCGCAUAAGCCGCUGCUCUCUCCGAUUCACCACACUCACUCACCUGCCAAAAUCUUAAUCGUCAGAACAUCCUGAUUUGAAAAGGACGCCAACGCUUUUCGUUUCUCUCUAAGCUUCAAAGAAAUGUCGACUGUAAUGCAGAAAAUCAAAGACAUCGAAGAUGAGAUGGCAAGGACUCAAAAAAACAAGGCUACAGCUCACCAUCUCGGCCUGCUCAAGGCAAAACUUGCAAAGCUACGAAGGGAACUUCUUGAGCCAUCGGCGAAAGGAGGUGGUGGUGCUGGUCAAGGUUUUGACGUUACUAAAAGUGGAGAUGCUAGAGUUGGUCUUGUGGGUUUUCCUUCGGUUGGGAAAUCCACUCUUCUAAAUAAAUUAACAGGGACAUUUUCGGAGGUUGCUUCCUAUGAGUUUACCACCCUGACUUGCAUCCCUGGAGUGAUCGUUUAUAAAGGAGCUAAAAUUCAGUUGUUGGAUCUCCCUGGUAUCAUCGAGGGUGCUAAGGAUGGAAAAGGUCGAGGAAGGCAGGUGAUCAGUACUGCUAGGACAUGCAACUGUAUCUUAAUUGUCCUCGAUGCAAUAAAGCCAAUAACUCACAAGCGUCUGAUAGAGAAAGAGCUUGAAGGAUUUGGCAUAAGGUUAAAUAAGGAACCGCCUAAUCUGACAUUCAGAAAGAAAGAUAAAGGUGGAAUUAAUUUUACAUCAACAGUUGCCAACACACACCUUGAUCUUGAUACUGUGAAGGCAAUAUGCAGUGAAUACAGGAUGCACAAUGCUGAUAUUACUCUGAGGUAUGAUGCAACUGCUGAUGACCUCAUAGAUGUCAUUGAGGGGAGUAGAAUAUACAUGCCUUGCAUCUAUGUGGUGAACAAAAUCGAUCAGAUUACACUUGAAGAGCUGGAGAUUUUGGACAAACUUCCUCACUACUGCCCUGUCAGUGCUCACCUGGAAUGGAACCUUGAUGGUUUGCUGGAUAAAGUGUGGGAGUAUCUAAAUUUAACUCGCAUAUAUACAAAGCCAAAAGGGAUGAAUCCAGACUAUGAGGACCCUGUGAUAUUGUCAUCGAAGAAGCGGACAGUUGAGGACUUCUGUGAACGAAUUCACAAGGACAUGUUGAAACAAUUCAAGUAUGCUCUGGUAUGGGGGUCAAGCGCGAAACACAAACCGCAAAGGGUUGGCAAGGAACAUGAACUGGAGGAUGAAGAUGUCGUGCAGAUUAUCAAAAAGGUGUGACCAUCAACACCAAGAUUUGCAAUAGUGCUCCAUCGAAUUUUCUGCAAUAUGAAAGCAGUUGUGUGAAAGAGCAUCGAAUUCUCUGCAUUACUCCGCUUUGCUUUCCUUUCUUUUUUGGCAUCUCUGGUCUUCUCCGCUCCCAGUUGGGUAUCUCUUAGGACUUGAGCUGACGGUUUUUUCCAUACUUUACGUAAGGUAAUUGGGUUUAAAAAAGCUUGCAGACAGCAUGAUGUGUGUAAUUAAUCCGUUUUGACGAGGGUUUCGUGUUGUUUCUCGUGACUUAGUCUAUAAUGGUGUUGUAUGCUACCUCUAAUGAGAUUGAACAUAGCAAAGAAAACUAGUUGAGAUAAUUUGGAGAAAUCUUGAGGGAAAGAAUUAUCUCUCUUGUGAACUUUCUUUAGAGAACUAAUCAGACGAAUUCAUGGACCUUCUGGAAA